AUGGACAAUUUCCAGACAGAAGUGACAGAAAGAAAUCUUUCUACAGUGACUGAGUUCAUUCUCACAGGGUUGACAGACAAACUGGAGCUGCAGCUGCCCCUCUUUCUGCUCUUCCUCGGGAUCUACAUGCUCACAGUGCUGGGGAACCUGGGCAUGAUCAUCCUGAUCCUGCUCAGCUCCCACCUGCACACCCCCAUGUACUUCUUCCUCAGCAGUCUGUCCUUCAUUGACCUCUGUUAUUCCACUGUCAUUACCCCCAAAAUGCUGGUGAGCUUUGUGUCAGAGAAGAACGUCAUCUCCUACCCUGAAUGCAUGACUCAGCUCUACUUCUUCCUCAUUUUUGUUAUAUCUGAGUGUCACAUGUUGGCUGCAAUGGCCUAUGACCGCUAUGUGGCCAUCUGUAACCCCUUGCUUUACAAUGUCAACAUGUCUUACCAAGUUUGUUCUUGGAUGUUAGGUGAAGUGUAUGGAAUGGGUUUCAUUGGUGCCACAGCUCACACUCUCUGCAUGCUAAGAGUACUUUUCUGUAAGGCUAGUACAGUAAACCAUUAUUUCUGUGAUCUUCCCAUGAUGGAGCUUGCAUGCUCCAGUACUUUUAUCAAUGAGGUAGUACUCUUAUGCCUCAGUGCUUUCAACAUUUUAAUUCCAACUCUGAUCAUCAUUACUUCCUACAUCUUCAUCAUUGUCAGCAUCCUCCACAUUAAAUCCACCAAGGGAAGGUUCAAAGCUUUCAGCACCUGCAGCUCCCACUUCUGUACUGUGGCUAUCUUCUCUGGUUCUCUGGGAUUCGUGUACCUGCAGCCAUCAUCAGUCAGCUCUAGAGACAAAGGGAAAGUGUCAUCUGUGUUUUAUACUACUGUCAUGCCCAUGCUCAACCCCAUAAUCUACAGUCUGAGGAAUAAGGAUGUCAAAAUUGCUUUAAAUAAAUUGCUUCAAAAAUGA